AUGUAGUAAGCUCGAAAUGAAUGAUGAAUGAUGAAUGAUUCGAUUCAAUCCUCGACACUCUACUCUCUUGAUUUUGAUGCCUUUCAAGCAAGUGAGAAAGGUGUCAACUUUAGCCAACAGGGCUAGCUGCACAGGUUCGCUUUCGUUGGUUUUCUCACACGUUACGGAUACCUCCGCAGUUGAUGCAAAAUUGUGGGUCCCACAGCUUCUAUCUUUCCAGUGAUUGGCUUCACUAGCUAGAUUGAUAGCAAGUGAUUGCCUUCUGAUACCCCGAUACUCCGAUGUUUGUGUCCUCGCCAUCAGACUGAAUUCCAUAUAAUAUCCAAAUCAAUAGCCUCAAAGCAAGGCAAAAGUAUUUUUGCCAUCGAGCAAAUCCAUCUUUGCCACCGAGCAAAUCCAUCAACAUCAUAAAGACUCCAAGUUGUGCAUCUGACAACUUGAAGGUAGUAUCAACAGAUCAAUCGGCUUUGCUUGACACUGUCCUGCAUGGUUUGAUUGUCAAGAAAGCUGCAGUGUAGCAAGCAUCGAGCUUUUGAGGAUACCCUACCAUAAUUCAAUUUCAAGAAAUCUACCAACAGAUAUAAAGAAUACACAAAAAUUUAACCAUGCUACGCUCUGGAGUUACCAAGCUGGCUCGACAGCAGGCUCGAGUUCUAGCAGCAGCUCGAUCUCCCAUGCCUUUGUGGAACAUUCAGACCACGGCAGCCUUUUCUUCGGCUCCGCCCCCUCCUCGCAGCAGUUGGGAUAGCUUGGCGGAUAGAGGACUCAGGCAAGAUCAUGGAAUGGCGCAACCAUGGCAAGCCGAAGGUGCUUUGGAUAUUCAACGUGUCACCCAACAGGCAAUGAUUCAUGAAUUGAUCCAAGAGCAAACCAACACCAUCCAAUCAGUGGUACCCUGGUUCUUGCAAAACAUGCCACCACCAUACUUUAGGCAAGUGCCUGAAAAGUUUCGUGUGGACCAUAUCAAGGCCAUUGCUGCCAUUAAAGAUGCUGGAAUGGACCACUACUUGAACCUCAAGAGCACCACAAGUGAUGGUACAGAGGUUAUCACAAUGAUUCGGGCAGGAACCCAACCGGGAAAUUUGCUUUCCAUGGUCAAAGAACUCCCUCAUACAAUCUAUUCCGAGGACUACAAAGCACUGACUCGUGCCCAAGUGUUUUGUACGGCGGAUGAUUCCAUGUCCAUCAACGUCUUUGUUUUUGGUGGAGGUCAAAAGCAGGAUGGAGAGGAUGCAUUUGAUGGCUCGGAAGACUUGGAACGGUUGGGAUCUAGGAUCCUUGCCUAUGCGCAGACUAUUCAGGCGGCAAGUCAGGAACAGCUCAUGCCUGGCGUCAAAUCUCUCUCGUCGCUUGUAUCGCCAGGAGACUGGAGCACCAAUCAUCCACGUCCUUCACCCUUGUUUGAACGGGAAAGUUUGCUGGAUUACUUUAAACGAUGCAACAAGUCCUACAUUGCCAAGACUGAUCCCAGAAGGUUCUUGCGGCAGAGAGAACUAUUUGAACUCGUUACAGGCACCGAAGGAACAGCUGUGGUUGUUGAGGAUGCAUCUGGAGAUGAUAGAGAAGAUACCUACUGGGUGAACGUUGCAUUGGCGAACACGCUGCCCCAACAAGCACUGGAAAACGCGUCUCGGCUUCUGUUCCUUCACAAUCUGGAUGUUCAGAAUGCCCAUUUGGACCUCAUCUCCGAUGGUGACAACGGCACCGUCACAAUGUUGCGAAUGCAUGUGGCUCCAGUGGAAGGAACCACAGCAACUGAUGAAACUUUCCAGAUCUUGGCCAGGGAGCUGAAGCGGUGCAAGUGGCUGGAUGUUAAAACCAUGGAUCUGAUCUUUGAUCGUUAUCCUUGGCUCGGAGUGAAGCGUGGCGAAAUUGUGACUGGAAUCUGCUCUUUGAUGCAUCCCAUCAUGUCAAAGGAGAAUGCCCUGGUCUAUUCCAAGGCCAACAUCUUGGAAACAGUGACAAAGGAACGAUACAUUGACCAUGCUGCCCAAAUUGCUGAUCUCUUCUUGGACAGAUUCAACCCCACUGCGGGGAAGAUGCCCGCUGAGGACUUUGAAGCUAGAUGCGAACAGCUGCGCCAGGCCAUUGAUAAUGACGUGGAGGACGCUACUGCUUCAGCGUUGCUUUUGAAGAUGAUUGAAGUGGUGGCCCAUACCCUCAAGACCAACAUCUACAUGGAGGAUCGAUACGCGCUUGGGCUGAGGUUGGACCCAAGGAUUAUGGGCGAGGACCGUGAACUUCCUUACGGCAUUGUUUUUCUCCACGGAAGGCGAUUCAAUGGCUUCCAUACUCGCUUCCGUGACAUUUCUCGAGGUGGCAUGCGUCUUGUCACUCCUCCUACACCUGAACAAUUUGCUCUCGAGUCGGCCCACCAGUAUGAUGAGUGUUAUGGGCUAGCAUUCGCCCAGCAGCUAAAGAACAAGGACAUCCCCGAGGGUGGAAGCAAAGCUGUCAAUUUGAUCAAUGUUGUUGGUUUGUCAGAGGCUGGCAAGGACUUCGUCAUGAGAAAGAGUGUAAAGGCAUUCACCGAUACUAUCCUUGAUCUGAUUGUUGACACUGAAGAAACACGCGAACGAAUCGUGGACUAUUACGGAAAGAAGGAAAUAUUGUACUUGGGUCCUGAUGAACAAGUCAUCCCCGACGACAUCAACUGGAUCAUUGAACGAGCCGCUUACCGCAGCUACGAUGUUCCGGCUGCAUUCAUGUCCAGCAAGCCUCGCUCUGGAAUCAACCACAAGGAGUUUGGCGUCACCUCCGAGGGUGUGAAUGUUUACUUGGAUGUCGCCUUGCGGCAUGCCUUGGGCAUUGACCCUACGAAGGCCGAGUUCACAGUCAAGAUGACUGGUGGACCUGAUGGAGACGUUGCAGGCAAUGAACUCAAGAUCCUAUUUCGUGAGUACGGCGAAAACGUGAAAGUAGUUGGGGUGGCUGAUCAUUCGGGAUGUGCCGAGGAUCCGGAUGGCCUCGACCAUGACGAACUGCUUCGCCUCAUGAAGGCGAGCUUGUGCAUUUCUCAUUUCAAUGCUUCUAAGUUGGGCCCGCAGGGCGUCUUGCAUGACGUUUCGACGGAAGAGGGAAUAAAGAUGCGCAACAGCAUGCACAACCGAUUGGAGGCCGACGCGUUCGUUCCUUGCGGGGGACGCCCCAACACAAUCGACAUUAACAACUACAAACACUUUCUGAAGCCUGAUGGGACAGCUUCUUCACCCCUCAUUGUUGAGGGCGCGAACCUCUUCGUUACCGCAGAGGCUAGGCAGGCUCUCUUUGACGAUGCCGGUGUUUUGAUUGUCAAGGAUUCUUCCGCAAACAAGGGAGGCGUGAUUACGAGCUCCUAUGAGAUUUGUUCUGCAAUGUUGCUGAGCGAAGAGAAGUUUGUGGAAAACAAAGAUGCCAUUGUCGAAGAAGUCCUCACGAAGCUCCGCGGAUUGGCGAAGCUGGAAGCAGAGCUGCUUUUCCGUGAAUACGAGAUGUACUCGGGCAGUUUGCCACGCAUCAGCCAGGUUAUCAGCAAUUCUAUUAAUGUGACAACCGAUGCACUGACUGCAGCUUUGGAUGAGCUGUCCGAGGGAGAUAGAGAGUCGCUGUUGCCUUUGUUCCGCGCACACCUUCCGAAGACACUGGCUGACUUGUCCUUUGACAAAGUCAACGAGAGGGUUCCUGAGCAGUACAUCAAGAACGCGAUUGCUCGUGCUUGGCUUCAAAACUAGUGUACAAGGAAGGAACGAAGUUCAUUGAAUCGCAAACCCCAGACAGACUGGCUGCGAUCGCCUUGAAGUACGUGGAGAAAGAAAAGGAGGUUGCCUCCUUGACGGAGAGUCUUGCCAACGUUGACAUGCCAGCCGAAGAGAAGGAGAAGAUCAUUGCACUGCUGGAUGCGGGUGGAGCUCGCACAGCUCUUGGCUUGUCUUGAUUGAUUGGCUGAAUGUUGAUAGUAGGAACACAACCGGAGAUGGAAACGAAUUACACUACAUAUGAAUACAAACUAAGCCGUUAUUAGAUGAUUACCAUAGAUCAGACCACAAAAUGCGUACGGUACAGUAUUGUGGUGUGUCAUUCACAUUCCCUGAAGUGUCAAAAAUCGGAUCUCAAGGUCUGGUAGCCAACUCGUUUGGCGCGGGUACCUAUCCACAUAUCUGUAGUUCGCAGCCGCUCACUCGUUGACUUCAGUAUUCCACCCGUGGUCCCCGCCGCGACGAUCCCCGAAGUGCCCGGCUGUGGACAUGGUCCCCCUUAGGAAACUUGCUCU